AUGAAGGGUGUCCCCCCAUGUUGUAUUGCUUAUGCUGGUCAGCAGCUCAUGUCUCCACCCAAAGAGCGUGCUGCUGCUGAAUUUAUCCUCUCUCUGGCUGACCAUGGAUUCCCAGUCACACAAAAGGAUGCACGCGCAUAUCUUUCUACUGUCAUCCAGAAUUGGAGGCCAGAUUACAAGCUAUGCCCCAUGAACUUUGUUGACCAAUUUCUUCAACAACAUCCUGAAAUUUGUACCUGCUUCCGACUCUCAUUAGAUUGGUAUGAGCUUGUCUCUCAUAAUGUUCCUCAAUGCUGCAUAUUCAAUAUGGACAAGAAAGGGGGUACUGUUGGGGAGGUCAAUUGGGCCAAGGUCCUUGUCCAAAAAUCAACAAGACCAAUUCUGAUUCAAGUUGAAUGCAUUGGUGCCAAUGGAACUGCCAUCCGUCCAACAUAUAUUUUUAAGGGAAAAUAUGUUCUCUCUAAAUGGAAAGAUAACAACCCAUUACAUGCAAAUUUUACGGUAACAGACAAUGGUUGGACUAACACUAAUGUCUGUCUGUUGUGGUUGCAGGAUGUCUUUGAUGCUGAGACCCAUGAAAAAGCAGCUGGUCUCCCCAGACUCCUUAUCUGGGAUGGCCAUGUAUCUCAUAUGAGCUAUGAGGCUGCUGUUUAUGCUUGGGAGAACAAUAUUACCCUUUUCUGCCUCCCUCCUCACUCUACUGCCCUGCUUCAACCACUCAAUAAGGUUGCUUUUGGGCCACUAUCCAAAGCGCUUUCAGAAGAAAUUGAGAAGGCUAGCAUAACUGGGCAGCCAGCUCAAAAGGAGGAUUUUCCAAGGCUUUAUGUGGCAGCAAGACAAGAAGCACUUACCCCUGAGACCAUCCUGAAGUUGUUUGAGGCUACUGGGCUGGUCAAACUUCCUCUCCAAAUAGAUCAAUUCACAGAAGAAGCUGCAUGGGAAGGAGCUCACCCAGAAAGUGUUGUUUCAGACCAGGUUUACAAGUUAAAUGAGCCUGCUUCCAACUCACCAGCAUCUUGUGGAGUCUUGUUUGGCAAAAUUAAGAAGCUUGUUGAAACACCAGCACAAACGGAUGAAGGUUGA